AUGGACUUCCGGCCCAGGCAGCGGUGCGGCGUCAUCCGAGCUUUGGCACCUCGCGUCCUUCACAGCUCCCCGGCAUCUCCUCCUCCCCCCAUUCAUCAGCUAUCCACCUCUCACUCCUCCCAGCCUCCUCUGGUCCAACGCAGUAUCUGGAAAUUGAAACUCCAAAAGCUCUGCUUGCCGACUGAAGUUUAUACAAAAAGAACCGCAACUAUGGACCUUCCGCUAACCAUCUCCGUGUUCCAGGGCUCACCCUUUGACAUCAAUGGCGGUGCUUGUGUCGCCAUGGUGGGCAAAGAUUGUGUCGCCAUUGCGUGCGACCUCCGCUUGGGUAUGCAAGCGUUGACCAUCUCCAACAACUUCCCCAAGAUUUUCAACUACGCUCCGUCCACCUAUCUUGGUCUUACUGGCCUUGCGACCGACGUCAACACCGUCUCCGAUCUCUUCCGCUACAAAGUCAACAUGUACCGGCUGCGCGAGGAGCGCCACAUCUCCCCUCAGACUUUGGCCAACCUGGUUAGCUCAUCGUUGUAUGAGAAGCGCUUCGGUCCAUUCUUCGUGAGCCCCGUGAUAGCGGGUAUCAACCCAACAACUGGGAAGCCUUUCAUUUGCGGAUUUGACAGCAUCGGCUGCAUCGAUUUCGCCAAGGACUUCAUUGUCAGUGGAACGGCGAGCGACCAGCUGUUCGGUACCUGCGAGGGUCUCUGGGAGCCGGAUCUUGGACCCGAGGAUCUGUUCGAGACUAUCUCCCAAGCGCUCCUGAGUGCCGUUGAUCGAGACGCCCUUUCCGGUUGGGGUGCGCAGGUUUAUAUCAUAGAGAAGGACAAGGUCACUCAACGAUUACUGAAGGGACGUCAAGACUAA